GACUAUUUUUUUUUUGCAUUCAGUAUUCUAACGACAGACAGGCGAGCCACUAACAAGUUUUUCAAAUUUCGAUAUAUGCAAAUUAAUGUUAUCGUUAAUAUAUAGAAAAUUAAAAUACUUCCGAGCUCUAUUGUAUGAUUUCUUUAUCUUUAGCCUAACCUCUCAUUGGUAUCGAGAAGUGCUCCUAGAGUGCCCUGUGGGUACCAGAAUGCUGGAUGUGGGCAUUGGUACCGCAACAAGCCUCAUCGACAAUAGCCAUAUUCUUUUCAGCAAACACAUAAGCGUCGUAGGCGUAGAUUACGACUUGGAUUAUGUCAAAAGAGCCAAAAUCAACAUAGCAAAAAACGGCAACUUACAAUAUGUGGUGCGCGUUAAGCAUGCUAAUAUACAUGAUUUCAACGCAGACUUCUCCGAAAAAUUUGAUGUCAUCUAUUUCUCUGGAAGUUUUAUGGCGAUUAAAAACCAAACUGAAGCCCUACGACACUGCACGCGCAUGUUGCGUGACCCCACCUCAAAGGCACAAGAUGAAUGUACUAUUUUUUUUAGCCAAACAUUCGAGAAGCGCACGCUGUUAGGAAAUUACGUAACACCUUUCAUAAAACAAUUUCUGAAAUUCUUGACCACUAUAGAUUUCGGUAUAGUAACCUAUGAGGAUGACUUUAGGGAUGUUUUAGAGCGAGCUGGUAUUGAAAUUUUAAGGUUCAAGACGCUGAAAAAUUCAUACAUCAGGUCCCAAGCUAUAGUAAUGGCUCAUCCAAAGCUAUGCAAAGUGGAUACAUGAACUUUUUAUUUUAUUUCCAUUGAAGGGUAUAAGUUUUUAAAAUUAUUUUUUACUAUUUUCUAUUAAUUACUCUCAUAAGGGAGUUUUGAAGUAUCAGAAAUGAUGUAACCUAGAA